CACGCAGGCGAGGGAAGUAAGACGAUCGUGUGGCUGCAAAGCAGUCUUUCUUCUUAGAGCGCCCCUUGAAGCAGUCAGGCCCACGUGUAGGUUGCUAAGCGUCUUCCUUUCAUACUACUUUGUGGACGCAUAUUCAAUAUCUUUUCAAUAACCAUGGUAAAGCUGGCAAAGACAGAGAAAAAGCAGAGACCCCCCAAGAAGAAACCACCUCCUAAAAAAGUGGAGGAGGAGGAGGAUGAGAGUGAAGAUGUCAGUGAAGAGGAAGAGACUCCACCACCAAAAAUAGUUUCCAAGAAAACUCCAGCCAAGGGAACUAAAAAUGGAAAAGUGGCCAAAAAAGAAGAGAGUGAAGAGGAUGACUCCGAAGAUGAAUCUGAGGAAGAGCCCCCUCCUCCACCCAAGAAAGGCAAAGCCACCCCAGCAAAGACGGCUCCACCAAAAAAAGCAGCUCCACCUAAAGCCGAAGAAUCUGAUGAAGAGGACGAUGAUGAUGAAUCUGAGGAAGAAGCUCCACCUCCUAAGAAAGCUACUCCUGCCAAGGCCCCCGCAAAAGCCACCCCAGCAAAAGCAGCCCCAGUUCCUGCCGAGGAAGAGUCUGAUGAUGAAGACGAUGAUGAUGAAGAUGAAGAUGAUGAAUCAGAGGAAGAAGCUCCACCUCCUAAGAAAGCUACUCCAGCCAAGGCCCCCGCAAAAGCCACCCCAGCCAAAGCAGCACCUGCUCCUGCCAAGGAAGAGUCUGAGGAGGAGGAGGAUGAUGAAGAUGAAUCUGAAGAAGAGAUGGAUACCACUCCUGCUUCUGCCAGCAAGACCAAGAAAGCUGGAAUGGGCAAGACCAAGGAAGAGUCAGAUGAGGAGGAUGAUGACGAAGAGGACGAUGAUGACGAAGAGGACGAUGAAGAAGCUGAGCAUGUGGUGACCCCAGCAAAGAGAAAGGCUGAGUCUAAAAAGGACACUCCUCCUGCCAAGAAAGCCAAAUCGGAGGGUGAAGGCUUCUGUCUCUUUGUUGGGAAUCUGAGCAUGGAUAAAGACUUCGAUGAAAUCAAGGAAGCACUGGGCAAUUUCUUCUCUAAGAAAAAGCUUGAAGUUCAGCAAGUCAGGCUUGGAGCGUCCAAGAAAUUUGGCUAUGUGGAUUUUGCUUCUGAGGAGGAUCUGCAGAAAGCUCUUCAACUCAAUGGAAAGAAGUUCAUGGGCCAUGAGUUAAAACUGGACAGAGCCAGAAGCAAAGAAAAUUCUGCAGAAGGCAAGAAAGAAAGAGAUUCGCGCACAUUAUUUGUGAAGAACCUCCCAUUCUCUGCAACACAGGAAGACUUGAAAGAAGUCUUUGACCAGGCUGUAGAUAUCCGGAUACCUCCUGGAAAUAAUGGUUCCAACAGAGGAAUUGCCUACAUAGAAUUUAAAACUGAAGCCAUCGCUGAGAAAAUGCUGGAAGAGGCCCAGGGUGCAGAUGUCCAGGGUCGGUGUAUCAUUGUCGAUUUCACAGGACAGAAGAGUCAGAAAGGAGGCAAGGCUCCAGCUGUCCCAGCCAAGACUCUUGUGGUGAACAACUUGGCCUACAGUGUAACAGAAGAUACACUGCAGAGCACGUUUGAGAAGGCAGUGUCGAUCAGAGUGCCGCAAAACAACGGCAGGCCAAAGGGUUUUGCGUUUUUGGAGUUCGAGAGUGCCGAAGAUGCAAAGGAAGCCCUGGAAGCGAUGAAUAACACUGAGAUAGAGGGCAGGACAAUCCGACUGGAGUACAGCCAGAACAGUGGACAUAAGUCUGAAGGUGGCAGAGGAAAUUCAGGGCCCACAAAGACCCUAUUUGUCAAAGGUCUUUCAGAGGACACCACUGACCAGACUCUGAGAGACUCCUUUGAAGGUGCCAUUGCAGCCAGAAUUGUCACAGACAGGGAAACUGGGUCAUCUAAAGGGUUUGGCUUUGUAGACUUUGACAACGAACAGGACUGUAAGGCGGCAAAGGAAGCCAUGGAGGACUGUGAGAUUGAUGGCAACAAAGUCACCCUGGACUACGCAAGGCCAAAGGGUGACGCCGGGCACAGGGGUGGCAGGGGUGGCGGAUUCGGUGGUGGUUUCGGUGGCGGAUUCGGUGGAGGCUUUGGUGGCCGCGGUGGAGGAGGCAGAGGUGGACGUGGCGGGUUUGGCCGAGGUGGUGGUGGUUUCCGUGGAGGAAGAGGAGGCAACCGCGGUAGAGGUGGAUUUGGAGGAGGUAGAGGUGGUGGAUUUGGUGCAAAGCCCCAAGGGAAGAAGAUUAAAUUUGAUGACUGAUUUGUUUUUUUUUUUUGUUUUUUUUUCCCAAAUGGACUUUUCCUUAAUUUCUCAGUGUGCUUUUGGAGCCUCGGACAUUCCAGAAAGCAUUGAUAUUAAUGUAACGGGCAUCUUAGCCACUGUCCUUACUCUCCUAACCUAUAGCUAAAGACAGAUGAGUAUUCAUAUCCCUGUCAUCCAUGUUCUUCAUGAGGAGGUCAUUUUUUCCUCCCUUUUCCCUUUUUUCAAAGUAAAAUGGAAUGUGACAACUCACAAAUCAACAUGCUCUGUUGGUUUCGAUAAAUUGUACCUGCUACAAUUUGUAAUAUUUCAUUUUACCUUUUGUAAAAAGUGUUUCCUUAUGUACGUUUUUAGUUUCACUGUAAAUGCAGAAGUUUUACUGUUAAAUGUGCAAAGCAUAUUGUAAUGAGUGGAAGAUUAAAGUGGCCCAGCUGUCUUGGGCGUUUAGAGUC